AUGGGAAAACGCAAGCAGGAUCUCGGUGACGUGCCCAUGGGUGGCACCAAGGACGACGAUGAGUCCGACGAUGACGUUGAAAUGGUCAAUGUCGACUUCGAAUGGUUCGACCCGCAGCCUGCUAUCGAUUUCCACGGCCUGAAGAACCUCCUCCGCCAGCUGUUCGACAAUGACGCUCAGAUCUUCGACAUGUCUGCUCUGGCCGAGCUGAUUCUGUCGCAGCCGACACUGGGCUCGACUGUCAAGACCGACGGUAACGAGUCGGAUCCCUAUGCUUUCCUGACUGUCUUGAACCUCCAAGAGCACAAGGACAAGCCCGUCAUCCAGGAAUUGACCAAAUACAUCAAGACCAAAGCCGCCGCCAACCCCGCCCUCUCCGCCCUUCACGAGCUCAUCUCUCAGACCCCAGUGCCCCCGAUCGGCCUGAUCCUGACCGAGCGAGUGAUCAACAUGCCCUCCGAGGUCAUCCCGCCCAUGUACAACAUGCUGCUGGAGGAGAUGGCCUGGGCCAUCCAGGACAAGGAGCCGUACAACUUCUCGCACUACGUGAUCAUCUCGAAAAACUACCAGGAAGUCGAAUCCAAGCUCGACCUUGAAGAGUCGCGGCCUCAGAAGAAAAAGAAGAAGGCUGGCGAGAACGUUCAGCAGUUCUUCUUCCAUCCCGAGGACGAGGUGCUCCAGCGCAAUGCCAUGUGCACCGGUACUUUGGAGUACACACACCAGCAGGAUGACGGACACUCCGACUCCAAGCGUGCGUUCCAGGAAGUGGGUAUCCGCACGAACGGUAGCUUGACACUGAUCGAUGGAUCCAAGUUCGAGGCCGCUGUUAAGGCAGUUACGGAGUACUUGAACCCGCAGUGA